ACUAGUAGAGUGUGAAGAUGCUGUUUCACUUACCUGCUGUCCUCCAAGGGGGUUUGUCUCUACAGGUAGUUCUGGUGUUCCUGGCUACCUUUCUACUCAUUGCUGAUUACAUGAAACGGAGGCGCCCAAGGGAUUUUCCUCCAGGGCCUGUGCCUCUUCCUUUUCUGGGCAAUCUUCUGCAUAUUGAUACCAAGAAACCUCAUCUUGCUAUACAAAAGCUUAGAGAAAAAUAUGGCAAUAUCUUCAGCAUACAGUUUGGAAACAAGCAAUUUGUGGUUGUGAAUGGGCUGCAUCUAGUGAAGGAAGCCCUUGUCAAUCAAGGGGAAAAUUUUAUAGAUCGUCCAGAAGUUCCUCUCAUGCAUGAAGUAUUUGGGUCAUUUGGACUGCUCAACUCCAACGGACUUCACUGGAAACAACAAAGACGAUUUGCCUUAUCAACGCUCAGAAACUUUGGUUUGGGCAAAAGAAGUUUAGAAGAACGAAUACAGGAGGAGAUUAGAUACUUAAUGGAUUCAAUUGAAGAGGAGAAAGGGCAACCGUUUGAUCCUCACCUUCAGAUUAAUAAUGCCGUUUCAAACAUCAUCUGUUCCAUUACUUUUGGGGACCGCUUUGAAUACCAUGACAGUCAUUUCCAGAAGUUAUUACACUUGCUUGAUGAGACACUGCAGCUUCACGCAACUAUUUGGAGCCAGCUUUAUGAAGCCUUUCCAGCCCUCAUGAAACACUUACCAGGACCCCAUCAGACCAUUAUUAAAAACUGGAGACAGUUCAAAUCAUUUGUGAGAGACAUCAUUGAAAAGCACAAGGAAGACCGGAACCCACUGGAACCCAGAGAUUUCAUUGAUGCGUAUCUAAAUGAAAUGGCCAAGGAGGACGUUGCUUCCAGUUUCCAUGAUGAAAGCCUCCUACACUCAACGAUGGACCUGUUUUUUGCUGGAACUGAAACAACUUCCACAACGCUGCGCUGGGCUUUGCUGUACAUGGCCAUUCAUCCAGAAAUUCAAGCAAGAGUCCAAACUGAAAUAGACUCAGUGAUUGGCCAGUCACGACAACCAGUGAUGGACGACAGGGAUCGCAUGCCCUAUACCAACGCAGUUAUUCACGAAGUUCAAAGGAUAAGCAACAUUGUCCCUUUGAAUGCACCACGAAUGACAACAAAUGACACAACCCUGGCUGGAUUUCAUUUGCCCAAAGGGACCACGUUGAUCCCCAGCUUGACAUCAGUGCUGUUUGACAGUGAAGAAUGGGAAACACCCAAUGUAUUUAAUCCUGGCCAUUUCCUGCAGAAUGGUCAGUUCGGGAACAGGGAAGCAUUCAUGCCGUUUUCCACAGGAAAGCGAGCAUGUCUUGGAGAGCAGUUGGCUAGGAUGGAACUCUUUCUUUUCUUCACCGCCCUAAUUCAGAAGUUCACUUUCCAGGCUCCAAAGGAUGUGACAUUAAGUCUGGACUUCAGGGUGGGAAUUACACUAUCCCCACAGCCAUACCGAAUAUGUGCAUUCUCUCGCUAAGGGAAACCACACUACUCUGAAAAGAAGUGCAGCUUCAUAUCUGUAUGCGUUAACCAUUCCAAAGUAUAGAAGAGCACUUACCCACUCUCGCUUUAAUGUGUUGCCAUCAGCAUUACUAGAAGGGCGAUUUAGUAAAAUCCCGGUUAAUGAACGGAUAUGUCCCUGUGGCACUGGAACAAUAGAAUCUGUCGAACAUGUCAUUUUGCAUGUAACAUGUAUGAGGAAUGCAGAAGGAAGCUAAUCUUUCCAUUAUUAACAGCCUUUUCUGGAUGUAACCCCACAACUUUGGUAUUAAUUUGUUUAAGGGAUGUGUCCUCCCAUAUCUCUAAGUUUCUUGUGACCUCAAUGCAAAUUAGAAAAAUAACGUUGCAAUCCUCCUGAGAGAAGGAGCU